CUACCUCCGGCUGCACACUUGCUGCAAGAUGCCUGCGCUGUCCCUGCUCUUCCUGUAGCCUUUCCCCUUCCCGACUCCCCUGGACCACAGGCUCCCACCAGCGGGGGAGGGCAGCCGCUGGUCACCGGAGACCAUGGAGAAGCCGGAGCGAGCCGACGCCGCGGCGGUGGAGGGAGCGGGGGACUCGGCUGAGAGCAAGAGGCAGCGGAAAGCCGAGCCGGGGCGGGAAAUCGUCUGGAGAAACGUCGCCCUGAUGAGCCUUCUGCACCUUGGCGCCGUCUACUCGCUGUCCCUGCUCCCCCAGGCUCAGCCGCUGACAUGGCUGUGGGCUUAUUUUUGUUUCAUAAUAACUGCGCUCGGAGUGACAGCUGGUGCCCACCGUUUAUGGAGCCACCGAUCUUAUAAAGCAAAGCUGCCUCUACGAAUGUUCCUGGCUGCUGCCAAUUCCAUGGCUUUUCAGAAUGACAUCUACGAGUGGUGCCGAGAUCACCGGGUACAUCACAAAUACUCGGAGUCCAACGCUGACCCUCACAAUGCCACCCGUGGAUUCUUCUUUUCUCAUAUCGGCUGGUUGUUCCUGAGGAAACAUCCAGAUGUGGCAGAGAAAGGAAAGAAGCUGGAUGUUAGUGACCUUCUUGCUGACCCUGUUGUUGUGUUCCAAAGAAAGUACUACAAGACUUCUGUUUUAAUCAUGUGUUUCUUCAUGCCAACUUUUAUUCCCUGGUACUUCUGGGGAGAAAGUCUGUGGAAUUCAUAUUUCUUGGCAUCUAUCCUUCGAUAUACAGUAUCCCUGAAUGUCACGUGGUUGGUUAACAGUGCUGCUCACAUGUAUGGAAAUAGACCCUAUGACAAAUCCAUCAGCCCGAGAGAAAAUCGAUUUGUUACAUUUGGAGCAAUUGGAGAAGGAUUCCACAACUAUCAUCACACGUUUCCAUUUGACUACUCAACAAUUCCUAUAACCAGCCCCUGGUUAAAUUGCCUGCUUAUUAAAGGGAGAUCAAAGGUCUUCUCCAGGAGAAUAUUAAGAGACGGUUUACAGGACCAUUCUUCUGCAUCACCUAGUUGCCUGUAAAAGAACAACACUUGGACUGAGAUGGUAACAAUGUAUUUCGUCUAUAAUUGAUGCCUGAUCUUGGAACCUAAGAAUGGGAAAGGGAAUAUAUCGUAUUUUGACCGAAUAGCUCAAUGAGUUUUUUUUUUACAGUGAAUAGUUGAAUCGUUCAGGCCAGGAGUGUCCCAAGUUUGAAUUCUAUCGUGUUGAGUUAGCUGAUUUCAACCAAAGUGAGUGUGUUCUGCUGAUCUCAGUCUGUGCAUUAUGGAAGGAAAAAUAUCAAGCCAUUAUUCCUGUUCCUACUUGCUAUCCUGUGAUCCUGAUUGAAAGUGCAGUAAGUGGACAUCAGGUGUUGGCCUCUACUGUGAUGUACCCAAGGCCAAACAACUCACAAGAAACAUUAGCAUAGUUCAUACAUUAAUAUAUAUUUACCGCACAAUAUUGUCUAAAUUAUUCAAAUGGCUCAUCAGUUAUCACUUAUUCCAUCAUUCAGUUACAGGACACUAAUAUUUCCUUUGUUAAAAGUUUGACAUACUGUCUUGAACACUGAUGCCAAUGUGUUUUUUGUCCUUUCGCCAUUUCUGGCCACCCUCAAUGUAUUAGACAUUUUAAAUUGACAUUAGAUGCCAACAAACUAUAUUUGAAAAUACUAAAUGCUCAAAGUAACGUGUUCUUUUGGAGAUUUAGCAAUGAGUGUCGUUGAAGCUAUCCACUUGGCUCAGAUGAAUGAGUUUUGUAAGAAUGCCAAAACCUGACUUGAAUUCUGUCAUCAUUGUCCUGUUGGUUGACUGAUCCUGAUGUCAAUUUGCUGUCUUGGUGAGUGGUAGUAUGUGUAGUGACUACUGAUGGCAGUCAAGGAGUAACGUACCUCACUACUGCUAUUAGUAGUGAGAAAUGUGUAUGGUGAAGAAUUUAUUGUAGCUGGAGGUAGUAUAAAUAGUUGAUAAAUGACGCCAAAAGCAGAUAACUCUCAUAGACCAUUCCUCUCCUUGGCGAUGGUAAGAGUGAAAGUAUGUAUUAGUGAAUUAUAAUUUUUUUAAAUUACAAGUUUUCUUUUGUAUGUAUUUCUGCAAAUCUAAUUUUGGAUGAUUUGUACAGUACAGUCUGAGAAAUGUCAGUUCUGUAGCAUGUUACUUAUUUGCAGUAUCUACGAAAUGAACUGUAAAGAUGUUUAAUUUUUACAGUGUUGAUUUAACUUUACUUAUAAAUGAAGGUACUGUCCUCUUGUGUAAUAUGCCACCUUUUUGGAGAAGAAUGUCUAGUUGUUUCAAAAAGAGUCUUGUGCAAACUCAUUCUGUGAACUUGUUCCCACUCUAGUUUACAGCAGCUGAUAGAUAAUUAAAUAUCAAUCUGUAAAUAAUUGUGCUUUGCAUAAUUAAUUCAGUAAGGAGUUUUUUCUCAUUUAAACUUGAUCGGUGUUCCUAAUGUUAGCUAUAAGCCCACACUGGUAACACACUGAGAGUUUUAAUAUUUUGGUGUAUUUCCCACUGAACACCCGUUUCCAAAUAAUAAGAGAAGAUAAAUUAGAAUAACCAAAUAUGUACCUUGAAUUGGCUGCGAAGUGACUCCAGACUCUCUGCUCUACUCAACCCUAUGGACAAUGGAUGAAUUAACCGAAUUAAGAAGCAGUUUAGCAAGCUCAGUGGGUUUGAUUUAGUCAGUUGACAUGAGGAACUGUUUCUAUUAUGACCAAUUAAGUAUUAUUUCUUAUUUCUUUGUAUGAGCAAUAUGCCCAUAAGUCUCCAAGUAAAACAGGAUAUCCUAUGAACCAAAUGCAAGCUUAUGUGGUAUAAGGAAACAUUUUGAAAAUCAUUCCCAUCUACUUAUCACAUAAUUUACUGUAUUUUCCCCCUAACCUAUUCUGUCCCUUCCACCAUAAACCCCAGGACUAUUGUUGGGAAAGUUGGCAUACUAGCCACACUUGUCUAGAAUCCUGUGUUGUUGACUUGUAAGUAAUAUAACUCGGCCAAACUCUGAGUAAAAUCAGAAACAGCUUUAUCAAAUGUGUGCACAGAAGAAUAUGUGACAUAAUGUAUUUAUGUGUUUUUAUUCAUCACCAUAAUCACUACGUUAGGCUUGUAAAGAUCAUGGAAGGCACUAGUGCACUUUUAAGGCAAUCAUUUUUUGGAAUUUGGCCUGUGAAAAUUGAAAUAAAAUGAAAAUAAAGACCAGAAAUAACCUGUAU